AUGUCCAUCCUGUCUUUCAUCAUUUCAUCGCUGGCUACCUGCGUCCUGGCGACUAGCAAGCCCACAUCAGGUGAUGCCGCUGCAAGUCCAAUCUUCAUAGGCACUCCGGGCUUUGGACAAAACCUAAGCACCGAGUUUCAUUAUUCGCAAGCGGUUCGCAUUGGGAACUAUGUAAAAAUCUCGGGACAGGGAGGCUGGGAUCCUCAAACUGGGGAGCUCGUCACGGAUAUCGCAACUCAAGUCAACAAUGCUUUCGAUAGCCUGACUUUGGCACUAAAGGCUGUUGGCUCUAGCAAUGGACUUGCAGACCUAAUUUCGAUCAAUAGCUACCACGUGGGAGAUAUUGCUGCCGGGCUUGGAAAUGUGACAGCUGUUAUGGAAAAGAGAAUCCCCAAGGUCCUUCCUACAUGGACAGCAGUGGGUGUUACAGGAUUGGCAUUCGCGGAGCAGUUGGUUGAGAUACAGGCUGAAGCCUGGAUCAAGUAA